AUGAAAGAUCUGCUGAGGUUUAAGUGGAGGUACUUCAUCAAUUUGACAGGACAAGAGUUUCCGCUGAAAACGAACAAAGAAUUGGUCGAAAUUCUCACGGCAUAUAAAGGGGCCAACGAUAUCAGAGGGACUUCCGGAAAGUUUGAUCAGAGACGAGUAAUGAAAAAGGGACCACCACCGUUUAACCUUACUCUGAUGAAGGGGCCUAUUCACAUAGCUGCUUCGAGAGACUUUGUCCAGUUUAUUUUUGAGGACAGGAAGACUCAGGUGUUUUUGGAGUGGUUAAGGGGCACCCAGAUUCCAGAUGAGACAUUCUAUGCUACAAUAAAUAACAACCCAUUCCUUGGUGCACCAGGCGGUUUUCAUGGUCCUGAGAGCGUCAGAGAGUCGAUGACAUCAUUCAUCAGGUACAAGCAAUGGGGAAAGACACCAUGCAGUGGAAAAUAUCAGAGACAAAUCUGUAUAUUUAACGUGGGGGACUUGCCGAGGUUGGUCAACUCUAAGGCGCUUUUCGCUAACAAGUUUCUCUCUUCGUACGGUCAGUAUGCCUAUGACUGUCUGGAACAGCUACAUUGGAACCGUGUUAUCGACGACUUCCACAACCCACAGGAUUUCGAUACAAGUUUCUACUCUGCCCUUCCGAACGUGGUAUAUCGGAACUGA